AUGUCAGCUCAAAUGUAUGAAAAUUUCAAGGUGAACAGUUCAAAGGUUCAAUACACAGAUGAGGAAAUCAUCUCAAACUACACAUAUAGUACAUCAAAGACCUCGGUUGUCAAUGGAGAGUUGAUCGUUGAGCCAGUCAACACCAACUACGUCUUCAAGACCGACCGUAAGGUUCCAAAGUUGGGUUGUAUGAUCGUUGGUUUGGGUGGUAACAAUGGUACUACAGUUGUUGCUGGUGUCAUCGCCAACAGAGAAGGUUUGUGCUGGAAGACCAAAACCGGUCUCCAAAAGCCAAACUACUACGGUUCCGUCGUCAUGGCAUCGACCAUCAAGUUGGGUAGUGACGCCGAGGGUCGUGACUCCUACGUACCAUUGAAGAGCUUGCUCCCAAUGGUACAUCCAAACGACAUUGUUUUCGGUGGUUGGGACAUCAACAACGCCGAUCUCGCCGAAGCCAUGGAGCGUGCUCAAGUCUUGGAACACGACCUCCAACGUCAGUUGGUUCCACACAUGAAGGAGAUCCGUCCAUUGCCAUCGAUCUACUUCCCAGACUUUAUUGCCGCCAACCAAAAGGACCGUGCCAACAACGUCCUCACCGGAACCAAGAAGGAGCAGAUGGAGCAAAUCCGUCGUGAUAUUCGUGAGUUCAAGGAAUCCAACAAGUUGGACAAGGUCAUCGUUUUGUGGUCUGCCAACACCGAGCGUUUCUCCAGCAUCUUGCCAGGUGCCAACGAUACCUGGGAGAAUCUCCAACAAUCGAUCGAGCGUGGUGACGAUGAGAUCUCACCAUCGACUUUGUUCGCCGUCGCCUGUAUCUUGGAGAAUACCAUCUACAUCAACGGUUCACCACAAAACACCUUUGUACCGGGUGUCCUCGAUUUGGCCAUCCAAAAGAACGUCCCAAUCGCCGGUGACGACUUCAAGACCGGUCAAACCAAGAUCAAGUCCGUCUUGACUGACUUCCUCGUCUCUGCUGGUAUCAAGCCAACCUCUAUCGUUUCAUACAACCAUCUCGGUAACAACGACGGUAAGAACUUGUCUGCCCCACAACAAUUCCGUUCCAAGGAGAUCACCAAAUCCAAUGUCGUCGACGACAUGAUUGCCUCCAACUCGAUCUUGUACAAGGAGGGUGAGCACCCAGACCACGUCAUCGUCAUCAAGUACGUCCCAUACGUCGGUGACUCCAAGCGUGCCAUGGACGAGUACACCUCACAGAUCUUCAUGGGUGGUCACAACACCAUCGUCAUCCACAACACUUGCGAAGACUCAUUGCUCGCCGCACCAAUCAUUUUGGAUUUGGUCAUCUUGGCAGAGAUGUGCGAUCGUAUCAGCUUGCGUCUCGACACCGCCAACGAAUUCAUCACUUUCCAUCCAGUUUUCUCAUUGCUCUCCUAUUUGCUCAAGGCCCCAUUAGUCCCAGAGAAGGCCAACGUUGUCAACGCCCUAUUUAAACAAAGAGCUGCUAUUGAAAAUAUUUUUAAGGCCUGUGUUGGUCUCCCACCCGACAACAACAUGUUGUUAGAACAAAGAAUCUAA